UUGUUCCUAAGGGAUAAUUGCCUUGUGGCCUGUGGGUCUCCGAGGAGACUUGGCCACUGGUUAGUGCAGGUCAUAGGCGCCGCCUCCAAUUCUGUUUACUUGUUGCCCCAGGAGACGCACUCCGGUCCCAGGCUCUGUGCACUACAGUGCUACUGCAUCGUGGGUCUCCUGCAUCGUGGGUCCCCGCAGCAUCUUCCAGCCCAGCCAGCAUGAGCCACAGCAGUUCCUUGGGCUCCGGGAGUCCGGAAUGCCCCCGCAACGCCUCACCGCCAGAGGGAACUGCCGAUCAUCACCCAGAAGUCCCUGUUACCCGGGAACAGCUGAACCACUACCGGAAUGUGGCUGAAAAUGUUCAAAGUGAGCUUGCAGCGGCGCUGGUCAGAUUUGAAUGUGCUCAGUCCGAGCUUCGAGAACUUCGCUCCAAGAUGCUUUCUAAAGAAGUUUGCUGUCAGGAGCUGAAGGCAGAAAUGGAGAGCUAUAAAGAAAACAGUGCCAGAAAGUCCUCUCUCCUCGUCUCUUUGAGGGGCAGAAUACAGGAGCUCCAAGAAGAAUCAGCAGCGUUUUCUGCUUCUAAAAUCAGAGCAGAAGCCUCUGCUCAUGCCAUGAUGAAGGAGAACCAGGAACUAAUGAAGAAAGUUCUAGAACUGGAUGAGAAAUUACAAGACUGUUCAAAGGCAAACGAGGAGUCUAAGAAACAAGGCUCAGAGACUCUCCGGAGGCAUGAAGAAUUUCGUACUCAGCUUCGUGAUUGCUUGAGUCUAGACAAGAAGUGUGAGGAGGCACCGGAUGAAGAUUUAGUCUUAAAGCUUAAAGAGCUGUGCAAGGAAAACACAUCCCUGAAAGGACAACUCACUACUCUUGAAGAGACUGUAAGCGUCCAUGAGAUGGAGGCAAAGGCUAACAGAGAAACCAUCCUGAGGCUGGCAGCCGACGUCAGCAGGGAGCAGACAAAGGCUGCCUCCUGGGCAGAGGAGAAAGACAAGCUAAAUCAGGACUUGCUCAGUGCUGCGGAGGCAAGAACAGCUCUAGAAAGGGAAGCUAUGCUCUACCAAGAACGGCUGCUUGCGUCUCAGCGAGCCUGGGAUGCUUCGAAGCAGGAGUUGAACCAGCUGAGGAAAAGCUGCCAGCAGCUGGAUGUGAGCCUGAAGGCCAGCAGGGAGGCCGCCACAGCCUCACAAAGCCAGAACGCCUGCUUCAGGGAAAAACUCGCAGCUCUUCUUUGCAGCAGAUUCGACAUAGCUGAGUCCACUGAGGACGCCAUAUUGGAGAAGAUUCGAGUGCUAGGCAUUGAGGAAGAGAACCAGAAAAGGAUGGCCUCCCAGCUUGAAGCCCAGAUUUCCGAGCUUGUUGGGAAGUUGGGAAAUGAAUCUGAGUCUCACCAGAAAGCCCUACAGAGGGCCCAUGAGGCAGAAAAGAAGCUGGAGGCUCUUCAGGGUCAGCUGAGUCACCUGGAGGGAGAACUGCUUUCUGGAGACGUCGUGAGAGACAACUUGAAUCUAGAGAAGCAAAAAUACUUGAAAUUUCUGGACCAGCUGUCAGAGAAAAUGAAAUUGGGCCACAUAGCUGCUGACCUUGGCUUUGACAUGCGUCUGGACGUAGUUCUAGCUCGCAUAGAGCAGCUAGUCCACCUUGAGAGCAAUGCUGUCAUAGAAAACAAGACCAUGGCUCACAACUUACAGAGAAAGCUAAAGACUCAGAAAGAAAGACUGGAGAGCAAAGAAGUGCAUAUGAACCUCCUUCGGCAGAAAAUUACCCAGCUGCAGCAGGAGAAAGAGGCGCGCUCGGCCUUGGCCAUGGAGAGGGAUGAGGCCCAUCUUUCUGUGCGGAAGCUGGAGAAGAAAGUGGAGAGGAUGCAGAAGGAGUUGAGCUCGUGUCAGGAGUACAACACUGAGCUCAAAGCCAAACUGGCGGACACCAGUGAACUCAAGAUUAAAACUUUGGAACAGACCAAAGCCAUUGAAGACUUAAAUCAAUCCCGAGGUGAGCUGGAGAAGAUGAAGGAGAAUGCAGAGAAAAAGCUUAUGCUGGUCAUGUCAGAGCUGGAAACUACAGUGCAGGAGGCUCAAGCAAACCAGGAAAGAACCAGGGCCAUGAUCGAGUUGGCCAGCAGUGAGCUGAGGAUCCUGAAGAAGUCUCUGGAUGAAGCAGAGAGGAGAGAACAGCAGCAGAUGGAGAUUAAGAGAGAGCUGCCAAACUGUUCGAGUGCAGAUAUCAAAGGACUGUAGAGUGCUCAGCCCUACAUGAGCUGGGGACCGAACCCUGGGCCUUGCACUUGCUAGGCAAGUGCUCUACCGCUGAGCUAAAUCCCCAACCCCUCAAGGCAACUCUUAUAAAGGAUAACAUUUAACUGGGGCUGGCUUACAGGUUCAGAGGUUCAGUCCAUUAUCACCAAGGUGGGAGCAUGGCAGCAUCUAGGCAGGCAUGGUGCAGGAGGAGCUGAGAGUUCUUCAGAUCUUAAUCUGAAGGUUGCUAGUGGAAGAUUGACUUCCAGGCAGCUAGGAUGAGGGUCUUAAAGCUCACAUUCACAGUGACACACAUAAUCCAAGGCCACACCUCCAAAUAGUUCUACUCCCUGGGCCAAGCAUAUUCAAACCAGGACAUACAGCAUGCACAAAAACCAGCACAAGCCUAAGACAGACAAAACCCAGGAUGGAAAUGGGGGAGUGGAGGAUGAUGUCUCAUCCCUUGAUAAGAAGUUAUUGACUAUUGAUAACUGCUGGAAGGAGGAGAGUCAGUUUUCUUUGAGUGUGGUCCCUGGUAGGUUGACUAUAUUCCAGUGGAAGGCUGGAAUAUUGUGUGUGUGUGUGUGUGUGUGUGUGUGUGUGUGUGUGUGUGUGUACAUGCAGCCUGCACUGAUUGGAAUACUAAAAUCUGUACCACCUCUCCUUACCCCCGCCCUUCAGCUCAUGCUCUCAAAUAAGUAACAAACAUUCUGGGUUCUUCCCGAGUUCCCCAGGCACUCCAUUUCCUCUUUCUUGACAAUCUCUCCAUUUGGAGCCAUCUGUACCUUAUGGCUCGUUUUUUUAAUCACUGUCUUCCUACAACCCUUGACUUUUUCUUUUCUUACUCUUCUGUCUUCAACUUUGAAUUGAUCCCAGUGUUUCUGCUUCUUUGUCUGCCCCAUUGAAUGAGGUUGGAGAAAAACCACAUAAAAUCACAGUCAUGUGGCACCCUGAAUCCACAGUCCUUGACCUGUGUAGAGCCCUCUGUACCAACUGGUCAUCCUACAUUGUUUUCCCAGUUGGACCUCACUGCCAUUUUCUGGACAGCCAUUGAAAAUAUUUGUUUCCUCACUGCCUUUCUCCCAUCUCUUCCUUCUUCCUUCUCAGUGGAUAAUGCCCUCUGAUUUCACUCAUAAAAUAGAAGCCGUUACAGGAGAAACCCUGGCUACCACAUCCUGAUAACACUUUUUGUGAUGUACACACACAUGCAUCUUCUUCUUUUUCCUAGUUUAGCUUAAGGCCAUGGACAACCUGGACACUCACAUCCUCAGCAACCCAUUCCCACUAGCUGCCUGAUUCUCUUUCAAAUGUUUGUAUCCUCAAGUCUGUCCAUAGCUUAUUUCCAUCAUGGACUUAUUCAGCCUCUACCCUCUUAAAACGCCAUUGCCCCUUUCCCUCAGAGCCCUCCCUCCCCUUAUUAUUCAUGUACAUUUGAGCCCCUUGAGGGUGUCAUUUGCACUUUGCCUUUCUGGCGUCAACUCACACAAUAUUGUCACCCUGCCACAUGGCUCUGGCUCCACCCAUCUAGCAUCCACAUUGUGGCUGGGCAAAUCUUUGUUGUUCUUUUAGAAUGCUUAUCUCAUUUGUACUUUCUGAAGCACUUACCACCAUUUGCCUUUUCUUCUUUCUUAGGCUUCUGUGCUGUUAUAGUCAACUCAUUUUUUACCUACCUCUGUUACCUGAGCUAUGUCACUUGAAGGUUAUAAGAAACAAAAUGAAGACAAGAGAUUCAUGGAAGGUGAAGUGAGAGACAUGAGCACAAGUGCAAUGCUUGACCUUAUAGUCAGAGGUUUGUGGAAAACACCCAGACGCUAUAGAAACCAGAUGGCAGAAGACUGUCUUAGGAUUAGAGGGCUUCAUAAUGGGUCUGGGCAGCACUUUGUUUCAAAUCUGUCCUGAAGUUUGAGAUUUCAUUUGGUCCUGUCACGAUGGUUCAUCUCUCAGUUCUGAUCCUGCUAUUUCACCUGUACCUAUCACCAUCACCUUAUUUCUCCUGUCACCUCAGGCUUCUGCUAUUGUGGCCUGUCCUCUUGUUCACAUUUUCUAGUACAUGCUGGGUAUUCUGUGUCUUGCUGUUCCCACUUUUGAUGGGUCUCGGCUUUCCUUCUCUCAGUCUCUUCGGGAGAUCAUAGUUGCAUUUUCUGUAACUCCGUAAGAUGCCCUUGAUGAACAGAUGCACCGGUGACAAACCUGUAGGUAGACUGUCUUCAGAAAAGGCACCUGUUUCUGUUUCAACCCACAACAGUGGAGUCUUGUGCUGUCUCCUGAAUCAGAGUGUUCCACAAGAGUCUGCCCUCUGCCUACCUUUUACAAACUUGAAUGCAUUAGCUUCAUGGUGUCAGGGAAACAUUCCCUUUGUGCCUUAUCUCCAUCUGUAAAAUGGGGGUUACUUCUUCUGGGUUUGAAAGGUUUCUUGCCAAAGAUGCUAAAGUUGUAACCCUAAGUGUCUGUAAAUGUGACCCUACUUUAAAAUAAUGUAUUCAUAGAUGAUUACGUGAAGAUGUUAUUAGUGUGAUCCCUGAUUACAAAUAAAGACACUUUCCAGGGGAGCUUAUGGAUGGCAUCUUGCUACUUGGCCACACCCAGGGGAUCACUUCUUGGUGAACUAAUAGUGAAUCACAGAGAGAUCUGUGAAUGUGUACACGUGACACUCUGCCCAUGGUCCUGAGACUUUCUCCUAGGCAGAAGGGUAAAGAAGUGCUCCAUUUGUAACUUAGCAAACAGGCCUUUAGAGCAGUGAAUCUAGGGGAAGAAGGGGUUGGGAGGUGCUGGGAAGAGUGGAGAGAGGGGAGGCUAUGUUUAGAAUGUAUGAGAGAAGAAUAAAUAAAAUAAAGA